AUGAUUCUGAACACCGAUACUCUUGGUUAUCAAUCAUCCAGUAACUGGGGCCAUCGAUCUGCCGCCGAGGUAUUUGUUAAGCUUCGAAGAUUGGAAAAUCAAUUAUCGGCUACCAACAUCAAGGCGCCUGCUUCAGUAACUGAAGAGUAUGCUUUCGGUUCAACGUCUAUCGGCGACCACGCAGCUCUCUAG